ACUACAUAGAACGGCCGUUUCCUGUAAUAUCUACACAGUUGAAUUGUAUUCUGGCUCACACCCUGUUAAAGGCUAACAGUUGGGUAAUGACAGAAACCAGUAUCGGGUGUGCGAGCGCGUGACCGUUCUUUCAGCUCGCAGUUUGUGAGUGCUGUAUUUCCUUUCUACCUGCUGUGGUUCUGUGAGCCUCAGAGUCGGACUCUACGAUAAUCAUCAGCCUAACAUCGUUGGCAGGCAGCGGCCGCUCGUUUACGGAAGCGCUCACGGACGUCUUGUUUAAUUUGAAGGGCACGGGGGGGAAGGCACAGGACACGGGCGCGUGGGAGCCGCCGCAGCCUGUGUCUUUAAACGCAGGAGGAGACGUUUGUGUUUCUAGAAGAGAUGUAGCCUGCCUGGCACAAAUCUGUCGCCAGCGUCGCUUAAAAAAAAAAAAAAACCCACCUGCUCCUCCUCUCUGUCCCCCGCCGAGGAAGGAAAGGAAGGAAGGCAGGCGCUGGGAUGCCGAUGGUUUCAACUGGGAGGCGACUGGAAAGGAAAAGUUCAGUGUGCUUUUAGGUAGAGAGGUCGAUUCUUGUAAAUUCGCUCCUUCGAGCCACCGAGGCUACCGGACUGACAGACCUCUACAUUUCCAGAAACGGUUUACUCAACAUCCAUCAGCUGGUAAAAAUCCUCAGCACAGACGAAAACAGAUAUCUUAAGAAAUGGAACAAGAUAAUCAGAGCCAAAGUCAGACACAAGAGGACAACCCAAAUGGAGCAGCAGAAGCUUCAACAGCAGCUCCGGCAUCAAAUACAGCGGCUCCAGCCAAAGAUCCCACGGCCGGCCAGCCUCCAGCUCCUGCCCGGCCUCGACGGCCCCAGAGGAGCGCGAGGGUAGAGGGCUCUGUAGACAUCUCCGAACCUAAAGCUGAGCCCAAAGCUGAACCCACUCCAGCUGCCAACCAAGAUGAGAGCACUACUGAUGGCUCUGCGGCGAGUCGUCCCAAACCCUCUCGCCCUGCAGCAGUCAAACCCUCAGGGGAACACACGGCGCCCGGCAUUAAGGCCGGUCCUAAAGGUCCAGGACACCACCCGAUUAGGGCUGCCUCAGUCCCCCACCCACCUGCUAGCAGGCCUGUGCCUCCUCACCUGAACCCUCAUGCGCAGAGAGCCCUCUCUGUAGCGGGUACAGCCGACACUCAGGCACAGACUAUGGAAGACUUCAGGGUGCACAUCAUCACUUGGAACGUGGGUUCGGCCACGCCACCUGACGACAUCACUUCCUUGCUGGGGCUGAAUGUAGGUGAUGGGAACACAGACAUGUACAUUAUCGGGCUACAGGAAGUGAACUCUAUGAUUAACAAAAGGCUGAAAGAUGUCCUCUUCACAGACCAGUGGAGCGAGGUCUGCAUGGAGAGACUCAGCCCCUUUGGUUACGUGCUGGUGACCUCCCAGCGGAUGCAGGGGCUGUUACUGUUGGUCUUUGCCAAGUACUACCAUCUGCCCUUCCUCCGCGGAGUCCAGACUGAGACCACCCGCACGGGCCUGGGGGGUUACUGGGGGAAUAAAGGUGGAGUGAGCGCCCGCAUGUCAGUGUUCGGUCACACCAUCUGCUUCCUCAACUGCCACCUGCCGGCUCACAUGGAAAACUCAGAGCAGCGCAUGGAGGAUUUUGAGAGCAUCCUGCAGCAGCAGCAGUUUGAGGGCCAGGCUGCCACCGGGGUUCUUGACCAUGAUGUGGUGUUCUGGUUUGGGGAUCUGAAUUUCCGCAUUGAUGACCUGGAGAUGCAAGUGGUAAAAUCAGCCAUUGAUAACAACAAGCUCCCCACGCUGUGGGAAAAGGAUCAGCUGAACAUGGCCAAAGACAGUGAGACAGUGUUGGAGGGAUUCCAAGAAGGACCGCUGAAAUUCCCUCCUACCUACAAGUUUGAUGUUGGAACAGAUACAUACGACACAAGUGGGAAGAAACGUAAACCAGCUUGGACCGAUCGGAUUCUGUGGCGCCUAAGGGUCACUGCACCUGCCGGUGCUGCUCUCGCUGCGGGAAAGCGCGGCUCCAUUUCAGGGUUGACCAGCGGGACCAAAGUGACGCAGCACUGCUACCGAAGUCACAUGGAAUACACUGUCAGCGACCACAAACCAGUCUCCUCCAUCUUUACCCUGCAGUUCCCGUACAAGGUGGAUGUUCCCCUGGUCACACUGAUAGUGGAGGAUGAGUGGAACAGCAUUGCCGAUGCCACAGCAAAAUUCAAACUGGCACCCAGCUACUCACGCAGCUCCUGGGACUGGAUCGGACUGUACAAGGUGGGUUUCAAACAUCACAAGGACUAUGUGGGAUACGUGUGGGCCAAGCAAGAGGAAGCUGAUUUUCAUCGACAAGAGCAUCAGGUAACCUUUACCGAGGAGGAAUUGCCCAAAGGCUCAGGGGACUUUAUCUUGGGUUACUAUAGCAACAACAUGAGCACCAUUGUGGGUGUAACAGAGCCAUUUCAGAUCCAGCUUCCCACUUCAGGCCUUGACAGCAGCUCUUCUGACAGCUCUGACUUCAGCUCAGAAGACGACAGCACUGUUGUCCUCAUGAAGACCAGGUCCCGCAGUCCCAGUCCGCGUAAGGGCAAGCACCGCAGGCAUCGCAGCGGCAGCCACAGCCGUAGCCGUAGCCGCUCUAGCAGCCCUGCACCGGCCAAAGCGAAAGAGCUCACCGUCACAGGUGGUCCUCCAUCCGGCACCACCACAGCAGUCGAGAGUGAGUCCAAAGGACGGCCAGCAGAGGGCAGCAGCAGCCCAGCGUCUGCUCCUGGGAAGAAAGACAAACAAACAGAGGAUUCAGGAGUGUGAUGCACCACCAAAUCAUGCUGUUGUCACAGGUCACAUAGCCAACUGUUGUGUCUUUUAUUUGAUACAUCCACUACACUGUAGGUUUUCUGUAAUGAAAAUGUACAGUUUCUGAUGCCAUCCUUUUCAGGAACAGCCAUCUGGCUUGUCCAGAAGGCUUACUUUGCCUUGAGUUGUUUUAUUAAGCUGUGCACAUUGUAUAUUUUUUUAUUUGGAAACCUCUCACUCUGUCCUGUGUUUCUUCUAUCUUUGUCCGUUCUCAGGUGUGGACAGUACAGGGAGCUGACACCUCGCAUUAGGAAAAACUCAAGGAUUUAUGGUCAUGUAGAAAAAAAGAGUGGUUACUUAAUACUCUUUAGAAACCAUCUUCCCUAUAUUACAACAAUGGUUUGAAAUUCUGCACUUACUUUGCAGUCAUGUCAGCAGGCUGCACACAAGACGUAUGACAUAUGUGAUUGCUCACUCUGUUUGCUAUAGCUGUGGAAGAUAUAUCUUAGACCAAAAGGACCAUAGUGACAUAGUGACAAAUGCUUUUUAUUCCAAAACAUCCUAUGAGAUGCAUGCAGUUUGACUCAGCAGUAUGGUUCUACUCUUGUGUGUGUCCUGCUUUGGAAGUUCAGCAUUAUUUAUAACAUGCAGGGAACAUUUCAAAUGAUCCACCAAUGGGAAUAAAGUCCCCCUGGGAUGUAUUAAAACAGCAGAGCCAGUGUAGGUGGAGACUGGGGUUCGGGGAGCUCGGCCACCGGCCAUGGCAGCAGCAUAGCACAUGUCAGUGUAGGGAGUGAAUGUGAGCGUAAAGGCCUUUAAAUAGACCGCCAAAUCAGUGCAGUGGGAUGUGGUGGGUGGGGGAGGCUAGCUGUCAGCUGACACAGCAUAGCUGUCUUACCAGUACAAGUUAAUUAAUUGGUGGCCACUAACUCUGUUGGUCCAACUACAGUGGUAACUACAGCAAUAUCUGACCCAACGUGUAUUGCUUUUACACACAUACCUUUAUGUGAGUUAAUGGGCCUUAUCUAAUCCUUACCUACCCUCACAGCAGCAAAGAGGCUAAAAUACUUUUUAAACUAAUUUACUCCAAACACAGAAAUCACAUGCUUGUUUUGAUGGCACUUUUAACAUGCAUUCUAUUUUUGUUGCAAGACAUUUUCAGCACAGAAGCAAGCAAGACUUGAUUUUUAAUCUGGAUAUCUCUUUAUGUGAACAUGAACUCUACUAUGUAGAGCUAGCACAGGGCUUUGUAUCAUACUGUAAGUAGUAUGAUACAAAGCUGACAUGUUCCGCUAUUGUGAAAUAUCACAGUGCUAAUGUGAUAUUUCAAAUACAUGCAAUGGUCCUAUUUAAUAUUUUACUUUUUGUAUGAUUUGACUUUUCAGUUCACUGUUGGUGUUUUUGUUCUCUCUUGCUUAGAAUCAGAUCCUGCUGAUUAGCUGACAGUGACAAUAGUCAGAGUAGUUGUGUUGUAUGUUACCGUGUGACCUCUGAUACACCAUCUUAGACACUUUGUACUUUUGGGCUGUUAGCGUAGGACAGUGUAUACUGUUGUAGCUGUAACCUCAGUGUGUAUGUCUAUAAUCAGUUUUUGUGUGUAUGUGUUUUUAUGGAUGAGUGUGUGUUUAUGUGUGUUUUGGAUGGUGGAAAUUUGUGUGUGGGUGUGUGUGAGUGGCCAACUAUGGCAGUGAAAGGGGUGUGACUGUGUUUGCAUGGUUUGCUGCUGGACAUACUGUACAUUCCGGUACUGUGAUUUUGUGCCGUAAAGUGCUGUUUUUGACUCCUCUUUGUUAUAAUCGUGGCUGUGAAAAUUGUUAGAAAAACAUGGUAAGGACAGUAUACAACUUAAACUUCCGUGUAAAUGUUAGGUGAAGAAAAUGCAGGUUAGUUAUGCUUGCAUAGACCUGAAACCGUUUGAAUCAUUUCAUAGUGCAUUCAUGUAUUUUCUUAAUUUUGAAAUGGAAAAUCUACUGGACCUUUGUUUAGAGUAUAAUGUUUAAAAAAAAUUAAGAUUGUAUGAACCUUGUCCUACUUAGGUAAUUUAGAUAAAUAUGAUCAGUACUUCAGUCCUGACCAGUGAUUAUCUAUUGUGAAAUGUUUAUGAAAAAAAGCUCUGUCUACAGAAUGUUAUUAUUUUGUAAUUAUGUGGCUAAAUAGAGGAAUAUGUAUGUAAAGGACAAAUAUGAAGUAUGGUAUAAAAAAAAAAAAAACAUAAAAUAAGAGACAAUCUAUGCCACAAAAAUUAUUUUACUUACAUUAUGUAUUUAUUUUCUUAUUUAACUGUUAAAUGAGCCUGAAUUCUGCUGGCCAGUGAGGGAGCAUUAUUUCAAUGGAAAUGUCAAAAUGGUAUUACAAAAUAUUGAUAAUUAUUUUCUUUUUGUAUUUGGAACUAUGAAGAGAGAGUCUGAUUUCUCCAGUUUCCAUUUUAGUGAAUUCAGAUCAAAUGUUGCUUUUAAUGUCUGAAGUGUAGAUUGUUUAGUCUACAGGUGUUUGUAUAAUUGUGAAUGGAAUUGAUAAAAAAAAAAAAAAAUACAGCAACGAGAUGUGAGGUAUUGAUUAUUGGAAUGUGAGGAUGGUAUAUCUCUGUGGAGUCAUCUGAUCAGUGAAGUGAGGAGGUUUUGUAAGGGUUGCUUGCUUUAUUCUACAACCCCAAAACUAGUGCAACACUGUCCAAAGAAAAAUAUAUAUAUUCCCCUUCAAA